AUGUCGUCCAAAGGCUCCAUCUUCCGCAUGUUCAACCCGGGGAGGCGGCCAAAGGAGGAGGAUACAGGCGAGAAGAGGCGCGAGCAACUGCGCAGGGCACAACAUGUGUACCGCCAGCGCAAGACGCGUUAUGUGAAGGCCCUCGAGACAGACGUCAAAACUUCUCGGCUGCGCGAGUGCCAGAUAUUGGCUGAGAAGAAGCAUCUUGAAGAUGAUGUUCAGAUGUUGCUGCGCAUCCUCGCUCAACAUGGCAUCGCAACUCCUGAGCUCUCCUCUUCGCGAGUCAACGGUAACGGUGCCAGCCCAGGGCAGCUAACACAAUCUGAAUCACCCAUGUCACAUGAUGGGUCCCAGGUUUACACCCACACAGAGUGGCCCCAGGCAUCGACGUUCUCGCCGCCGCCGUUGCCGUCGCCUUUCAGCAUUUCUCCAGACGACAACACCUCACUAUCAUCCAGAGUCUGCGAGUUCGACCAAACCACCCUUGGCAUGAAGUUUGUCCUCAAAAUCGAAGAACCCUGCCUAGGCCACAUCCACGGCAACCCCAAAACCCCCGAAGAGCCCUCCAAUCACGCCCUAACGGCUACCUCCCAGCUCCUCAGCCUAUCAUCCUCAUCCACCCCACCGCCUAAGCGCUCCUCUCUGUUGCCGGUACAGAACACCCCUGCGGGGAUCCUCGACCGACUGCUCACGCUCGCCCCGGAGGUGGUGACGAAUAGCGAAACGGAGGUCACGCCCAUCCAAGCUUGGGAUGAGAUACAGCGGAAGCCGAUGCUUGGGAACUUGGAUUUGAGGGGGUUGAUGGCGCUGGCUGAGAGGUUGCGCGAUGCUGCGAAGUGUCAUGGUUUUGGCGCGGUGGUGGAGGUCGAGGUAUUCCAGCGGCUGGUGAGAGAGAUGGUGACCUCGAAAGUCCCAUUCUAG